UCAACCAGCCAGCCACUAAACAAAGAAAGUUCUCCUUCUCAAUUACGCCGUUUCGCUCUCCGUCUCCACGCUUCCCAAAACCUUCCCCCUGUUUCCUUUCCCCGAUUCCGAUCGCCCGCCUUCCUCCGCCUAAUUAGAUUCCGGCGAUAAUGGCUGAAGCAAACGGUAACCCCGCCACGCCUGCUCCACUGACGAAAGAGGAGGAGGAGGAGAGGCUGAAGUACUUGGAGUUUGUCCAAGCAGCAGCGCUUCACGCUCUGGUGACGUUCACGAACCUCUACGUCUACGCCAAGGACAAGGCCGGUCCGUUGAAGCCUGGUGUGGAGACCGUCGAAGGAACUGUUAAGACCGUGGUUGGCCCUGUUUACGAUAAGUUCCAGGACGUUCCCAUUGAAGUCCUCAAGUUCGUUGAUCGCAAGGUAGAUGAAUCUGUUACUAGCAUCGACCGCCGUGUGCCACCUGUUGUCAAGCAAGUAUCGGCCCAGGCAUUCUCGGCAGCACAGGCUGCCCCGGGAGCUGCCCGUGCUGUGGCCACCGAGGUUCAGCGAUCCGGUGUGAAGGAAACCAUGACUGGGUUGGCGAAAACCGUCUACACCAAGUACGAGCCCAAGGCGAAGGAGCUGUACACGGCGUACGAGCCUAAAGCCGAGCAGUGUGCUGUCUCGGCCUGGCGAAGGCUCAACCAGCUUCCCCUCUUCCCUCAGGUGGCUCAAGUGGUCGUCCCAUCGGCUGCUUACUGGUCCGAGAGGUACAACGAGACAGUGGCCAGCACUGCUGAGAAAGGUUACAAGGUGUCUUCUUACUUGCCUCUAGUGCCUACUAAGAGGAUCGCCAAGGUGUUCAGUGAUGAUGCUGCAGCAGCUCCACAAUUGAUUUCUAACUGAAUGGUUGCCAAGAACCCCCUCUGGAAUGGGGACAAAGAGGGUUCUACGUUUGUGGUCUUUGUUUUAGUUAUGCGCUUUGUUUUGUGAAGAAUGAAUGACCAUUGUGGUCUUGUUACAGUGUGUUGGAGUUGGUUCUGUUAGCUUUUUAGUUCUGUUAGUGGAACUCUGAAAGACUCCUCUUUCUUAUGUGAAGAAUCCUCAAAUGCAAUGGAAGUUUGCUGUGGUGUUACUCAGUUCUUUGUAUCUGUUGUCAGUUUUCUUCUCAAGUCAGGAAUACAUUCCCUGCUCAAUUGACAUUUUUCCACCAC